ACCUGAGUGACUAAGUGACCUUUGACCCCCAGUGGAGAGAGAGAGUGGACGGCUCGUAAACACACUCAUUCAUUUCAUGUUUAAACUGUCAGGAGUGUUAUCUUUUGUUGUUGUUGUUGAAUGAACCAUGAAUCUCCUGGGACGGACGUCGCUGAUUCGCCUCCUGCUGCUGCUGUCGGCCAUGUUGACUCUGCUCCUCUUCGUCAGCUCCUUUUGGCUGCCUCAGGUUGGAGUCCGAGACUGUGGCGGCCCCUGGCAGCCAUGUUGGAGCUUUUACCGCCAACCUGCAGGACUAACACAAAAACCAGAGCCUUCGCCAGUGUCAGAUGUGUGGCUGGAGCCAGAUGAGACCCCGCCCACCAUAAAGGAGUGUCCCGGCCAGUUGUUCCAGGCGUGGCGUCUACUGCUGUACCUGAAGUCCAGCAUGGCCGAGGACAACGACGUCCUCCUGGAGUCGUACCUGCAGAGCUGGGAUCAGCUCCUCAAUUUCAUGGAGUCUCUCGGGACGAUGGUCAGCCUCUUCUCUCAGAAAGUGAAGGAAAAGGUUGUGCUGAUUCGGGAGCUGUCACUCAAGCACUACGCAGAGACUCAUGGGAAACCAGCCGGACUACAAACCCCAGCAGCGUUUGGGUUAAAAGACGGGGCGUAUCGCUCGGUCCGAGCCAUGGUGGAGGCGGAGCUAAAGGCGGGCGUGGUCGACUUCUCCCGGCGGACGGACUCGGGCUGCAGGACGCUGCUGAGGCUGCAUAGAUCCUUCCUCUGGCUCCGGCUGAUGCUGGAGGGUUUGGCUGAAGGACCCGACGCAGAGGGACGAUAUAAGACACCCGGUGAGCUGUGCAGGGACGCCUACCACGUGGCACUGGCCCCUCACCACCCCUGGUUCCUCCGCCAGGCCGCCGAGCUCGUCUUCCACGCCCUCCCCGAACGCCAGUACUUCCUACAGCUGGUGUGCGUGAAGAGCCAGCGGGAGGCCACACCCAUUCUGCGCGUCAUCAUCCACGCCCUGAAGCUGGUGCACGAACGGACUCAACGAAUCCUGGACGAAAGCAACAUGCUGGAGUUGCCCUGAGCUGAACAGAAAC